AUGCCGGCCAAGAUGGAGCACCAGCCAGAGCCUGCUGCCGCGUUUCCGCCGCCGCGUUCUCCCGACCCUUCUCCACACCAGCUGUUCCGCCAGCCUCAGCCGUCCGAGACACACCAACAGCAGCAGCAAAACCAGCAGCCACAACGACAGCUCCCAGAUCUGGCUUCCCCUUCCGAAACGCCAGUCGAAGGGUCUUCCAGGAAGCGGAAGCGGGUGCCACCAGAGCUACGACGACGCGUUACACGUGCUUGCGACCGGUGCAAGAGACGAAAGGUCCGCUGCACGGGCGACAAGCCAUGCCUGCACUGCACCGAGGCAAAAUCCACGUGCACAUACGACCUGACCUAUGGACGCGGUCGUCUGCCGCCGAUCCCAUUGGCCCAGGAAUUCUCUCCAACGGGGCCGUCCCUCAAUGAAGUCUCCGCUCCACUGCAUACACGCAGCUUCUCAUUUUCCGCAGGCAGCAGGCCUAUAGCGGCUGCGCCGGUUGGCCUAGGCGAGCGGCUGUCCUUUCUGUCUGAGGCUGCCACAACAGCCAGGAUGGACCGGCAGCAGCAGAAACAGCCGUCGAACUCGAGCAUUUCCAAUCCGCCCAGCUCUGGAAGCAUCAAUACCAAAUUCAGCAGCAACCACAAUGCCGACAAUGACACCACCACCAACAAAAUCAACGCCGUCAUCUCAACUUCUGCCUCAGCUACAGCUCCGGCCUAUGCCAUCGUAGCCACGUCUUCCCGCGUCUCUCCCGAGCCUUCGCAAACAGAUCUGCAGGGACAUUACGUCGGUCCGUCUUCUGGCGUCUCCUUCUUGCUUCGUGUGCAGAAACGCCUGCACGAGACUGUGUCCUUCUCCCAGGCCGCAUCUUCCUCCAUCUUCACCUUUGGCGACGCACCACUGCCGGAGUAUGACGCUUCCUUUCCUCUGCUGUUGACCCGAUCCGAGGCAAACUCUCUUCUGGAACGCUAUUUUGACUUUGCCGUCCCUACUCACCGUUUCUUGCACCGGCCCACUGUCGAGGCCUGGCUAGCCGAGUUCUACGCCACCAAGGGCAGCAUGGCCAGCCACGAAGACACCCGCGCCCGCAUCGCCGUGCUUUUCAUGGUUUUUGCCAUGGCCACCGAGUACAUGUCACCAGACUCAGCCGCUCCAGGAAUGGUCUCCAGUGCCCAGUACUUUCUCGCUGCAGAGCAGCAGCUGUCCAAGGAGCGUGGCUCUGUGCGCCUGGCCAGCGUUCAGGCUCGGCUCUGCCAGUGUUUCUACCUCCUGGCCCAGUCACGCAUCAACCACUGCUGGAGCCUGUUCGGCACCACUGCCCAUCUGGCCCUGGCCAUUGGUCUCAAUCGCAACCGGCGUGCCGACCCUGCCUCUGGCCUUGGGCACAUUGAUGUCGAGUGUCGUCGCCGCACGUUUUGGUGCACAUAUAACCUGGAUAAUUACUUGAGUGCCGCUCUCGGCCGCCCGAAAACGUUUCAUGAUGAGGACAUCGAUCAGGAGCUGCCCUCGAUCCUGGAAGACAGCGAGAUCUUCCACGACGAGAUCAGGCCCGGCCAGCCCCGUGGCCAGUCCACGAUGCUGGCACCCGUGGCACAUGUGCGGCUUGCGCGGAUAGUGAGCGUCAUUCUUCGCGAUCUCUACUCCAUCCAUCCCAUAUCCACAUCUACACGCGCGUCGUUGUCGCGCAAGCACUCGGAGGCUCUGGCAGCAUGGCGCAGAGAAAUAUCUCGCUUUCUCGAUACCGACCGCGAUGGCGCCUCCCUGCUGAUGCCCGUCUUCCAGCGACAGAUCAACGUGCUAAACUUGGCCUACUGGCAUGCCCUGCUGCUCACGCACCGGCCGCUACUGCUCAGCAACUUUGCCUACCUCCAGCGUUACGGCGCCGACUCGCGUAACGCGUCAGACCGCGUCUACAUCCAGGAGAGUACAAACCGGUGUCUGGACGCCGCCAUGAGCAUCAUUGAGAUUGUGGACAAUAUAUCUCAGGGCGGUCAGCUCUUCAAAGCUUUCUGGUUCACUAUGUAUUUUGCCUUUUCUGCCGUCGUUGUUGUUUACGUCUAUGUCAUUCAGCACCGGUCUUCUCCACCAGAGACAUACGGACAGUAUCUUUCAGCGGCGAUAGAGUGCCAACGCCAAAUUGUUCAGCACGCCGAGACCGGAUCGCUGGCGCAACGUUACACGCUCGUCCUCGAGGAGCUGCGCCUUGUGACGGUCAAGCAGGUCGGACUGCAGCGACAGACCUCUAUGCUGCCCACUCGGACUCCCCAUGCCGGCGGGAAUGAAAACGGUCGUAGCAGCAGCAGCAGCAGCAUUCCGUAUGCUGCCGGCGUCGAGGCCAGCUUUCGUUCCAUGGGCAUUGCAGGCAUUGUCAAUGAUCCAUUUGAUCUGUCUGGCGCACCCUUGGACGAAGGAAUGGUGGACUGGAACGAGAGCCCCAGCAGCUCUCUGGCCGAUUUUACCAGCUGGGGCCACUUUGACUCCAUGGUCUCGUCCGGCUUCUGGCCUUUUGAUUCCAUAGCCAAUGAAGACCCUACUGCGCAGGCUCUCGCCCCCCUUCAGCACUUUGCUUCUGGCAUAGAAGCCAAGAAUACCGUCGAAAUAUACACCAUGUCGGUGGCAGACGACAGCAGCCCGCCAAAAAUGGUCAACGACCUCCUGCUCAGCCGUGUUCGUAAUUCCCCGGAAACACAGUUUCUGGGAUACCCUGCCACAUCCAAAGGCAGGGCCGACUACGUCUACCACACAGUUCAGGACGUUGACCGUUAUGCCACCACUGCUGCAUGGCGAUAUCUGCAGUCGGGACUAAUUCCUGAACAUCCUAGUCCCAGCAAGGCCGAGGUGGUGGCCAUCUUGGCGCCAUCCAACUUUGACUAUGUCGUGUCCAUCUUCGCGUUGUCGCGGCUGGGCUUCGCCAUCUUGUUCCUGUCGAAUCGCCUAGCGCCUGAUGCGAUUGCCAGCUUGCUUCGGAAGACGGCAUGCACCAAGCUGAUCGUGUCGGCGAAUCACGCACCCAUGGCUGACCGGCUGCGAGACGAACAAAAGUGCCCUGUCUCGGUCUUUCCGAUCGUUGGGCACCCCGACUACACCUCGCAUGCCUCGCAGAAGAGCUUGCCGGAAAUUGCUAUUUCCAACCCAUCACGGCGAAUAGCCUUCAUCAUCCACUCGUCUGGCUCUACCGGUUUGCCGAAGCCCAUCUCUCAGACACACGGUGCCUGUCUGGCCAACUAUGCUGGUGGCAUCCCCUUUCGCGCCUUCAUCACGUUGCCGUUGUACCACAACCACGGAAUUUCGACGCUCUUCCGCGCCCUCUGUGCUGGAAAGAAGGCUGCUCUCUACAACGCCAGCCUUCCUCUGGCUGGCAGCACGCUGGUGGAGUCCAUACGAGCUGUGGACCCCGAGAGCCUGCACUGCGUACCAUACGCACUCAAGCUGAUGGCUGAGGACGCGCGCGGCAUCGACACACUCAAGCGGCUGAAGCUAGUUCUUUACGGCGGUAGUAGCUGCCCUGACGAGCUGGGCAACCGUCUGGAAGAUGCCGGCAUCUACCUGGCCGGUCACUACGGGGCAACGGAGAUGGGCCAGCUGAUGACCUCCUUCCGGGACCCGGUUGUCGACAAGGAGUGGGCCUACAUGCGUCCAGUGCUGUCGGCAAAGCCUUUCUUGCGCAUGGUCCCACGUGGCGACAAUACGUUUGAAUGUGUCGUUCUUGACGGUCUGCCAUCCAAGGUGCUGUCCAACUCGGAAGACCCGCCAAACUCGUUCUACACCCGCGAUCUCUUUCAGCCGCACCCGACGCUGCCUGAUGCCUGGAAGUACCUUGGCCGCAUCGACGACCGGGUGACGCUGAUCAAUGGUGAGAAGGUGCUGCCCAUUCCGUUUGAACACCAGAUUCGUCAGCACGACCUCGUGCGCGAGUGCGUCGUCUUUGGCAUUGACCGGGCGGUGCCGGGCCUGGCCAUCAUUCCCAGUGACAAGGCCAAAGGUCUGUCCAAGAGCGCGCUGCUCGACGCCCUGAUGCCGGUUGUGGAUGCCACCAACGCGCACACAGAGGCCUUUGGGCGCAUCUCGCGGGAGAUGAUCGAGAUCCUCGACGGCGACACGGUAUAUCCGGCAACCGAUAAAGGAACAGUAAUUCGUGCGGCCUUCUACAGCCGGUUUGUCUCAGUCAUUGAUGCCGUGUAUGCACGCUUCGAGGCAGCGCCAGCGGCAGAGGAAGGGGGGGACGGCCUGCGCGUGCUCGAUGAGACGGAGCUUGAGACAUAUCUCCUCGACAUUUUCGUCAACAAGCUGGGCAUUGUGGGCUUGCAGGCCGAGACGGAUCUGUUUGAGGCCGGCGUGGACAGCCUGCAGGCAAUCAUAGCGCGGGCUCAGAUCGUGCGCGAGAUCGACCUCAGCAGCAAGCGGCCAGCCCAGAACGUGGUGUUUGAAUACCCGACGGUGCGGCUGUUGGCUCAGCACCUGGUGUCUCUACGCACUGGGGCUGCCGACGGCACGGAAGGAGACGUCGCCGCGGGGGAGAUUCAGGCCAUGCGAGAUCUCAUUGCCAAGUACAGCGACUUCUCUUCCUUUACGUCCCUGCCGGCAAGCACUCACGUGUGUCCGGAAGGCAGGGAGGGGGCCGAGACCGUUCUGCUUACGGGGGCAACGGGCUCACUGGGCGUACACAUUCUGCGGAAGCUGGUGGACAAGCCGCACGUGACGAAGAUCUUCUGCCUCGUGCGGGCAUCGUCGCAGCCGGCAGCCAAGGAACGGGUAUACGCCACGCUGGCAGCCAAGGGCCUGCCAGCCUUGACGCAAGAUGCCCAAGAUAAGGUAGUAUGCCUGCCGGCAGACCUGAGCCAGAAGACACUGGGACUGGACGACGACAUACUGGCACAGCUUCGGCGUCGGUUGACGACAGUGGUGCAUGCAGCCUGGGCCGUCAACUUCAAUCUGGGCGUACGCAGCUUCGAGGGGCACCACAUUCGCGGCACAUACAACCUGCUCAACACAUGUCUCCGAGUCGAGGGUGCCCCCGCACGGCUGUUUUUCUGCUCGUCUAUCUCGGCGGGUGCGGGCACGCCGAUUCCAGGCACCGUGGCAGAAACGUACAUUGAGAACCUGGCACACGCACAGCCGAUGGGUUACGCACGGUCCAAGGUAGUGACGGAACACAUCAUCAAGGCGGCAGCAGCGCAGACAGGCAUGGCCGCACGGGUACUGCGGCUCGGCCAGAUCGUGGGCGACGCAGACGAGGGCAUCUGGAACACGACCGAGGCCAUUCCAUUAAUGCUGCGAAGUGCCCUGACAAUAGGAGCCUUGCCGGCUCUGAGCGAGACACCUUCAUGGAUGCCAGUGGACAAGAUGGCCCGCGCUGUGAUGGAGCUGUCUGGCCUGUCCGGGUCUCGCGGCCCAGAGCCGGACAAAUCUCUCGUCUACCAGGUGCAGAACCGGCGGCUCUUCGACUGGACCGAGGAGCUGCUGCCAGCUCUGCGGGCGGCCGGUCUGCCGUUCAAAACGGUGCCGCAGCGAGAAUGGGUGGAACUGCUGCGGGCUUCGGACGCCGACCCGACGCGCAAUCCGACGAUCAAGCUGAUCGACUUCUUCUCGGAAAAGUACGACAACGACCGGCCGGGACGCUCCGGGCUGGUCUUUGAGACCGACCGCACGGAGCGGGCCAGCAAGACGAUGGAGGACGGCUUCGACAUCAUCGGCAGUGGGCUGCUGGACAAGAUGGUCGCCUGGUGGAAGACGCAGUGGACGGCCGGAGCGGCAGACAACGGCGAUGCACAUGGAUGCAAAUAA